AUGAACAACCCAGGCCCCACCUCUCUCCCACCAACAGUCGUCCACAGCACCCAAAGCAUUAGUCAAUCUGCUGCGCACGAUUUCCUCGCCGCAUACCUCACCCGCGCAACCACAGACCCAGCUCUGCAACCCAAUGCCAGCAUUAGCGAGCAUGGUCCCGUCUCGCGCACAACUUCUGCUGCGCCCAACCUUAUCCUCCACAACUUGAAGCGCGUGCAGGCUGGUCUCGCGGGUGAAGUCCUGGGUCAGGAUUUGACUGUUGCGAAGCAAAACCCUGGUGAGGAUUACUUGGAUGCCCCCGCUGCAGCGAACGCUGGCGAACAGAAGGAAGAUGGCGAGGACAACGAUCUGGAAAUGAAGGAGCCGGAAUUCGAGGCUGAGGCUGAGGCUUUUGAGGAGCAGGAGAGCUCCAUGGCGGCGGUUGAUAAGGAAGAGCGCAAGCGAUUGAAGAAGGAGAGACGGGCUGCGGAGAAGAAAGCUAAGGCGCAGAAGGUGGAGGAGUCUGAUUGA